AAUAAUGUUAUGAUUUAGACGUACUUUAUGUUUACUAAUGUUAUGAAAGCGUAUAAUAUUUGAAAGUGUUUUAUGAUUUUAAUUGUAUUUACACUUAAUUUGUCUAAUAAUUACCGAUCGGGUCAUUGACUGGUGACCAGACUAACGGCACUGAUGGCCGACACACCAAAGGACGACAAAUUCAACAUCGAUUGGAGUCAAUUCCCGAUACCGGCAAAUGUUAAUUGGGAUGAAUUGUACAAUGAAUUGACCAAAAAUCCCGAAAAGWUAGAAUCAAUGGUCAAAGAGUAUAUGUCUUCAGACAAACAAUGGUUGGACAGAAAACAAGAGAUUCUUCAGAUUAAGAAACAACAACAAGAAGAAGCAAAACAACUCAUUGAUGAAAUCGAGAAAAACAAUGAAGAGUUUGACCGUUUGUACGAAGAAUUGCAAAAACCAAAUAUCAGUACAAAGACGACAACAAUCACCGAAACCAUCUAUUAUGACGACGAAUAUACCUAUUAUUCGGAACCCAUUCAACGGGUCAUCGAUAUCGACGAAUUGCGCGAACGAAUGGCCAAAUUGGAGGCCAACAAAGUUGACACAACCGGUAAUAGUGUUGUUGUGGUUAACGAGGAAAUCAAAAAUUCAUGUCAAACACAAACAGAAGACAAACAGAAUGUCAAUCAAUUGGAUACUAAUGACAAAAACAUUGAUAAUAAUACAGACGACGAAAACUUAGAUUUGUCGGUCAUAUAUGAGGGAACCUCUGGUGUUAAAACUGAUACGAAACCGAUUACUACACAGUUAUUUGAGCGCAAAACACCAAAAGUUGGUGUCAAAGUGUUUGCCGCCAGUAAUGGUAUAUUGACCUAUAGCUGGAAGCCGGCAAAGGUGUCAAAGAUAUUGAAUCACUGCAGUGUUUCGGUUAAUUUCGACGACCGAUCGGUAGUCGGCGGCAGCUAUUUGUUCAACAAAUUGAUUGCUUACUCRACCCCUUCUGAUAGUAUUCUUCCGGUUGGCGAAAGAGUUAUCGCAUAUCUCGAUGACAAUGGCCAACGAGAAUUUUACUCGGGAAUCGUUGCCGAACCGGCAAAAAAUACCAAUCAUUUUCGAUAUUUAAUUUUCUUUGAUAAACAAGAUUGUCGUUAUGUUAGACGUGAAGAAAUAUUUCAUAUUUACGACAGAGUGUCCGCCGACAAUAUAUUUUCUGAAAACGAGAAAGCAAUGAAUCCAUCGGUGAAAGAAUAUUGUGAUUUUUUAGUGAAUUAUAUUAAGAAAUAUCCCGAACGACCAAUGGUUCGGCUCCAGAAAGGAGACGAAAGAAUUAAAGUUCGAUUUGACAACCGAUGGGAAAGUGUUAAUGUUUUAGAAAUCGAUGCGAGUCUAGCACUCAUACACUUUCAUAAGUUGCCCAAACCUUAUAAAGAAUGGAUAUAUCGCGGAUCAAUAAAACUGUACGACAUCUACAAAGAAUGUCAGAUAAUGAAAACUAAUGUCAAACAUCGUGGUAUGAGAUCAACAACAAGAAGUACUCGAAACAGAGAUCACUCAUCUUUCGUUGAAUGGGAGGGAGAGAGAGAAGAAGAGAAAGAAAAUGAAGAAACAAAGGAUCAGAUGGAAGGAGACGACGAUAUUCAGGUGAUUCCUACAGACAUUGCUACCAGAAAACGAAAGAAUUUAAAACAAACCGCUAGAAAGUCAACAGCGAAACCCAGUGGUACUAUAUUGGAUCCAAUGAGACUCAUUGACAAUGAAUUGUUCAACAUAUCUGAAGUAUCUGUGGAACAGUUACCUGACUUGUCUCGUGUUAAGCCCCGAGAAUAUUUUGAACACUCCUGUUCUCCUGAUUGUAUAAAUGCAUCGGUUGAAUCCGACAGUUUCUACGAUCAAAAUCCGUUUUAUAUACCAAUUGUUUGCGGCUAUCGUCGGGAAUUAUUGCGGACAAAUGACAAAUUAUUGCGUGUUGUCUAUCGAACGCCUUGCGGUCUUCGACUCCGUAACACAAAUGAAUUGUUUAAUUACUUAUUGCAAACCGAAUCAGUUUUGGACAUCGAUUUGUUUACAUUUGCUAAAGGAUUUGCAUUGUUUCGAAAGUCUAAUUCACUUAAAGCUUAUUUUCACAUUAAAGAUAUUACUAACGGUUUGGAACCGAUGCCCAUCUCAUGUGUUAAUACUGUCGAUCAGACAGAUCUGGGGAAUGUCGUCUAUAGUGCCAAACGAUUCCCUCAUUCGGAUGUUUAUUCAUUUAAACCUGUUUUAGAUCCAGAAUUCUUGUCCUGUUGCGACUGUACCGACAAUUGUCUCAACAGUGAUCGGUGUUCAUGUCAACAGUUGACACUGGAGGCCAGUGAUGCUGUGAGAAUGAGUAAAUUCCAAUAUUUUGGUUAUGAAUUCAAACGACUCAAUGACUUUAUAAUGACCGGACUGUUUGAGUGCAACCAAAGGUGUUCCUGUAAUCAGCGCUGUCCUAAUCGAGUGAUUCAGAAGGGCAUCAAAUGUCGUCUUCAGCUUUUUAAGACAUUGAAGAAGGGUUGGGGGGUUAGAGUAUUACAUGACGUUCCUAAAGGGACAUUUUUGUGCACAUAUUCGGCUCAGAUUCUCAACGAAGAAGCGGCUGAUAAGGAGGGCAAGACAUUUGGUGACGAAUACUUAGCUGAUUUGGAUUACAUUGAUGUCUGCGAGAACCAGAAAGAAGGUUAUGAGAGUGACGUUGAUUUAAGCGAUGAAGACUAUCGGGAUUCAUCUGAUGAUAAUUUUGAUAGCAAUUACAAUGAUGACGAAGAUAAAGAUUACAAGUAUUCCCGUAACGAUGAGUUGGGAUUUACCACAAGAGAGUUAUCGACAGGUCGUCGCCGUCAAGACGACAGAUCAAGAGGUCGAUACUCAAUACGUGAAGAUUUCUAUAAAGAAGACUUCUGUUAUUCAUUGGACGCAAAAAGAAAGGGAAAUAUUGGUCGAUAUUUGAACCACUCGUGCGAACCGAACUGUUUUGUACAAAACGUUUUUGUUGAUACCCAUGAUUUACGUUUUCCAUGGGUUUCAUUUUUUGCCAAAAAGGAUAUAGUGGCGUAUGAAGAACUCACUUGGGAUUACAAUUAUGAGAUCGGCUCUAUUGAGGGCCGAAAAAUGUAUUGCUAUUGUGGUGCCGCCCGAUGCAAGAAACGGCUUUUAUAA